AACAAUCCAGUUUAUCGGUAUAAGCUUAACGUAGAGCACUGAUUUUUUUUUUUUAUACAGAAACGUUUGUUCAGAAAAGUUUUCGUCGCUUUCGUAAUAGUUGUAAAUUGCAGUACUCGUAGUCGAUUCUUAGUUUUCUACAAUCUAUAUAAAUAUAUAUAAUUUUGUUUAGUUUUUUUGGUGUCUUCUAAAUCGCAUCAUCGUAAUAAUGGCCAGAGCACAAGUUUUAUGCUGUAAUAGAUCAGUUGUGGGACUGCUGCGCUUCAAUCGCGUUGUCUCGUUUAUGCCGCGAGUGCACUUCAUGCAGAUUCGCAGCAAGUGCGAGCAGAAGGGCGUCGUCAUCGGGCUCUAUCUGAAGGAUGGCGAGAAGGCGCCUCAGCUGACGCCGAACGGGGAGAAGUUCGACGAUCGCGUUGCCGGCAAGAUCAGCGAGCUGAUCAAGGAGACGAACAUGGACGGCGAGCUCGGCAAGGGCAGGAUGUUCAAUAACCUGGACAAGGAGUACUCCUCGGUGGUGGUCGUCGGCCUGGGCAAGGAGGGCAUCGGCUACGACGCCGAGGAGGCAAUCGAUGCGGGCAUGGAGAAUGCGCGCGUGGCGGCCGCUGUUGGCACCCGAUCCCUGCAGCUGCAGGGCGCCAGCCAUGUGGCCGUCGAUGGCAUGGAGUAUCCGGAGCAGGCGGCCGAGGGCGCCGCCAUGGCCGUCUGGCGCUACAACGUGAACAUACGCAAGAGCCGGCGCAUUGAGGUGCCCAAGGUGGAGCUGUACGGCUCAUCGGACGUUGAUGCAUGGACACGCGGCCUCUUCAAGGCCGAGUCCCAGAAUCUGGCCAGGCGGCUCUCCGAGACGCCGGCCAAUCAAAUGACGCCGUCGACCUUCGCCCAGGCCACCAUAGACUCGCUGUGCCCGUGCGGCGUUACUGUGGAGGUGCGCUCCAUGGACUGGAUCGAGGAGCAGCGUCUCAACUCCUUCCUGAUGGUGGCCAAGGGAUCGUGUGAGCCGCCCCUGGUGCUGGAGAUCAACUAUAUCGGCAGCUCGCCCGAGGACAAGCCCCUGCUCUUGAUUGGCAAGGGGCUGACCUUCAACAGCGGCGGCCUCUCCCUGAAGCCCAAGAACGGCAUGGAUGUCUUCCGGGCGGACGUCAGUGGCGCAGCGGCCGUGGUGGCUACGAUCCGGGCGGCCGCAGCCCUCUCGCUGCCCAUCAACGUGACCGCCGUGCUGCCACUGUGCGAGAACAUGCCGUCGGGCAUGGCCGUGAAGCCCGGCGAUGUGGUCACCCUCAUCAACGGGAAGACCGUGUGCAUUAAGAGCGUGUCCAGUGCCGGCGCCGUGAUGCUAGCCGAUCCGAUGCUGUACGCCCAGAACAUACACAAGCCGAAGAUGAUCAUCGACCUGGGCACGCACGCCAAGGGCGUUGCCUACGGGCUGGGCGCUUCCGCCACUGGCCUCUGGACGAACAACACGAUGCUCUGGCAGCAGUUCGAGAAGGCUGGCUCCAUUACCGGCGACCGUGUCUGGCGCUUUCCCCUCUGGCAGCACUUCAAGCGCCUGGUCGAGCCGAAUUUGACCUACGACAUGUGCAAUGUGGGCCGAGGACCCGCCUCCUCCUGCCUGACGGCGGCGCUGCUGCACAAAAUGGUGCCAUGCCUCGACUGGGUCCACCUGGACACCCGUGGCACCGGCCUCACAGUCGAAGACGGUGUGCCGCCCUAUCUGCUGCGCGAUCGAAUGUCCGGACGCCCGACCCGUACGCUCAUCCAGUUCCUGCACCAGAUGGCGUGCAAGUAGCGU